AUGCUGUAUGUGCCGCUAUGGCUGCUUGGAUUUGAGUUGGUCUUUGCGGUCCUUGCUGACAGCACCUGCCAAUCGAAGCAUCACGAGGAUUGGCCAUCUGUGCAUCGACGAUUGUUGAGACUUUUGGAUGGGCAGGGCGGAACGGAAACCUUGGCUGACGAGCUGGACAGAGCAGCAUCGUCAUUUGCUGAAAGGGCUGUCCCUGGGUUGGAUGGCACGCUCGAAACGGACUGCAUUCUCGGGCGAGUUUCCCUCGACCUCCUUCUGCUCUUGAGCCAGCAGAAUGGCCUGACGGAUGCCCACGAUAUUUGGAAGGAAGGCGGCCUCUUGGACUUCAAGAGAGACCUUCUGGCGGGAUGGCCAGCAGUCGCUCGAAGCGGCUGGCCCGUUUUCCGGCUUCUUCGUCUCUUACAGAACAGGGCGCAGGCGCAUGCAGCAGCACCGCCUUUAACGGGAUGCCACGAGGAUGAGGAUGAAUUUGCGGCGACUAUGAUGAAGCAUGUGCGACAUCGCAAACCUCAGGAUGAGGCCUUGCUUGCCACCAGCGCCAUGUUUGUCCUGAACUCACCAAGCAGCCGAUGCCCGCUCUCAGUUGCAGCAGCAUACCUGUCCAGUGCCUGGGCUCGGUUUCCAGUCUUCGACGAGGAGACCGAGGAUCUUCUCGGCUUGGCUGAGAUGAAUGUGCGCAAUGUUA